UUGUUAUAUUAUUAUCUCAGCAAUGAGGAUAUUCAACCAAAUUAUUGUAACAAAAAUAUAUAUAUAGUAACGUGCAACUUUAGAGCGUGGCUCGCUGCUCACGUCACCAGUACACUCAGGGUCCCUGAGUCUGUGUUUACCUUCAGCUCCAGUCAGCUGUCAGGCGUCGAGAACGGAGGAGAAUUAACAAUGGUUGUGAAAAAUGUAUGUUGCAUUGGUGCUGGAUAUGUUGGGGGUCCAACUUGUAGUGUCAUAGCUUGGAAGUGUCCAGAUAUUCGUGUUCAUGUUGUUGACAAGUCGGAGUUGAGAAUCAAGCAGUGGAAUUCUGACAAGCUACCCAUCUAUGAGCCUGGCUUGGAAAAUGUAGUGAAGGAAUGUCGUGGAAGGAACCUCUUCUUCUCGAAUGACAUUGAUACUGCCAUUAAGGAAGCAGAUUUGAUUUUUAUUUCUGUGAACACGCCUACAAAAACCUAUGGCAUUGGCAAGGGUCGAGCAGCUGACCUGAAGCACAUAGAGAUGUGUGCUCGGACGAUUGCCGAGGUAUCGGAAGGAAACAAGAUCGUGGUGGAGAAAUCAACAGUUCCUGUGCGUGCCGCUGAAUCCAUUACUCAUAUUUUGUCAGCCAACACAAGACCUGGAGUGUCCUUUCAGGUAUUGUCUAAUCCUGAAUUUUUAGCUGAGGGUACUGCUAUUGAAAAUCUUCUAAAUCCCGAGCGUGUGUUGAUUGGUGGUGAGGAGUCGUCUGAGGGCGAUGAAGCAGUUGCACAGCUCACUUGGAUUUACAACCAUUGGGUUCCAACAGAGAAAAUCAUCACAACUAGCACCUGGUCUUCUGAACUUUCUAAACUGGCGUCAAAUGCUUUUCUUGCCCAACGUGUGUCUAGUAUCAAUGCCAUCUCUGCUCUUUGUGAGGCUACCGGUGCAGAUGUUUCUCAAGUAGCGGCGGCUGUGGGCAGAGACUCACGGAUUGGUUCAAAGUUCCUGCAAGCUUCUGUUGGAUUUGGAGGUAGCUGCUUCCAAAAAGACUUGCUAAACCUUGUUUACAUUGCCGAGUGCCUAAAUCUGCCUGAAGUGGCUCUGUACUGGCAGCAGGUCACAGAUAUCAAUGAAUAUCAGCGAACCAGAUUUGCCAAGCGGAUUGUUGAGUGCCUUUUCAAUACUGUGACAGAUAAAACAUUAGCUGUGUUUGGCUUUGCUUUCAAGAAGAACACUGGUGACACUAGGGAAAGUCCUGCCAUUUAUGUAUGUUCUCACCUGCUGGAAGAAAGCGCCCGGCUCAACAUAUAUGACCCCAAGCGCCGUGUGUGUGCAGACGGCGUGCAUUUUUACAGGGAGGAGGAGGAGGAAGAGACAUUGCAAGUCAGAAAGAGCAGUCUGUCUUGUGAGUGCGACUGCAAUAAGAAAAGGCUGACUACAUUUACGAAGGUGGAAGGUAAACAAAUUGAACACGACCUGACAAGUUUAGCAAUUACAAGUGAUCCUGAACGUGUCCAAAAAUUGAUACACAUCUAUUCUGACCCUUAUGAAGCUGUCAAAGACGCCCAUGCCAUUGUUGUGCUCACGGAGUGGGACGAAUUCACAACGUACGACUACAAAAAGAUGCUGUCAGUGAUGAAAAAGCCAGCAUUCAUAUUUGAUGGGCGCAAGAUUCUUGACCACGAAGCACUGAUCAAACUAGGCUUCCACACCGAAACAAUCGGGAAGAGAUUUUCUCGAAAUACUCUCCUAAGAUCCUCUGGUGAGCACUUUCCAUCAUUCUCGUGGACACCGUAAUUUUGGUCGCCUGCCAAGACUGGGGUCCAUCAGGUGGGAUACAGUCCAGUUUGGUGGAAGAAUACAUGCCUGAAUCUUAUUAAUAAAAAGAAAAAAACAAAAAAACAAAGAUAUUACUGUAUCCUGUAAUGAAGCUAUAUAAAAUUAUUUUUAAUUGAA